AUGGCCCCUCCGCCGACACCAGACACGGGGAGGAACGAGGAGCUAAGCUUCCCGGUACUCCCAGGCCUCUUGACCAAGAGCCUGCAGGGGUACUUGGACGGGUUGGCGGAUCAGCGCCGCGAAUACACCUUGGACAUGGUGGAGCACACCAGAGAUCUCAAGGAAGCUCUGGAAGCUCGGGUGAGGAAGAAGGCCAGAAGGGCCAAGAAGGCCAAGAAGGAUGAGGGCUGCAAGAAGGAGCAGAAAGAUGGGGGUGCGGGUGGGGUGGGCCCAGAUUCAAAGAGGAGCGGUGCCAGAGAUGAAAAGGGCAACGUAAUAUUUUGGAGUUUACCGUGA